GUUCAAGAAAACUGUCAAAAGGGAUUUCUUUAUUAUAUAAACACAAAUAGAUCUAAACAAAGACGUUGUGGAUGUGGAGAACACUCAAACCAAAGAAGUCGACAAAUUCAUUUCAAUCAGCAAAGAUGAUAGAAGCAGCAAAACUCGAAGAAGAGAAGAAGAAGGUGCAUGCAUUGAAGCUGAAAGAACAAGCGGAAGAACGUGAAAGACGAGCGGGUUCCAGGGACCCGGGAGUGACAUCCACCCUCACCGAACCAUCGUCGUCCUUAGCGAAAUCUAAUCAAGAGGUCGACCCUACUCCAACGGAGUCACAAGCCCCGAACGCCCGAAGUUUAAGUGGCGAGGAAGUGAGAGAAGAAAGCUGGGCUGAUCGAAGAUGAUCAUAGUAAGCAAGAUUUAAUCUUUCAUACCAUAACUUUCCACCUCUGCAACUCUGUCAUUUGCAACUCUAUCCUUCCUUAUACAUAAUUCAGUAGUAGCCUUAAAGGCUCCUGAGCAAAGCGGUAGUAGCCUAUGGGCUCCCGCACGUAGGCCCCAACGAUCAUAGCAGCGGUAGAAGCCAUUACAGCUCCCGUCAAUGCACAGGGAGAGCCAGUCCUUGACAACCGCUAAGGCGAGACCCCCGGCUCCCCAAUUAUUAGGGUAGAUGCAGAGAAUGGGAAGAGUCCAGAAGGAUGAAGCGUCUUCAUGAUGGUUACUUUGAUUAGUAGAGACACCAGGCAAGAUUGGAUAUCAGCCCAUGUCGUUCGCGCAGAGUCCGGUAAUCCCGCUAGAUCAGUCGAAAGGUGCCGAAAGAGAGGACAACACCAGUCCGAACAAGAAGGAUAAUCGCCCGCUGAUAGACCGACUCGCAGACGCCAUUGACUCAGCAGAUAUGGAGUUGAUUCAGAUCUCUUCCAGCUCCGAUGAAUCCACGUCGUCUAGUAGCUCCGAUGAUUCUGCGUCGUCUUCGUCCUUGGAAACAGAUUCCUCGGACUCAUCAUUGUCUUCAGGAUCUGACUCUGAGUACUGGGAUAAAAGCUGUUCUCAUCGGAAAGAGACCUAGAGCGCCAAAUGUCCUAUGGGGAAUUUAUUUUGGCAUGUGACAUUAAGAAACACAAAGAGGUGGUGAAUAACUUGAUGGUCCAACACAAGUGCUGGAUGAUUGGUCUUAGAUAUCACCUGGCAAUUCGAGCGCUCAUCUUCCGGAAAAGGUCUAGGAUUAUGUAUCGAAAGAAGAAGAACGGGAAAAGAGGGCGGAAGAUAGAGAAGGUGGUAUUGCCAGAAGGUGUUCAAGCAGAAGCGGUCCGUCGCGCUAGAUGGGAUGCCGAAACGGCUGGAGACCGGCACAAAGCUCCUCGAAGUCUCAGGCUGAUUAUCAUUCGACGGGUUUCCAAGCUUAUCAGCAAUUCUACCCCCAUAACAACGCUUAUGCCAACGGAGGUCAAGAUUGGGUAGCUCAUGGGCACCAGCACGCUAACAAGCAAGUUUUAAGGUCCUGUUCUCUCCUCACUGGCUGCCCGAUUGGGUAUUCGCGGAUCACCGGGAAAUUGUGUCCUUGGCUGGUUGCACUCGCCUCGUUCUUGUUUCUUUCUCGUCUUGUAUUGUGUUACAAUCUGUUGUUAUUUGUGUUGCCGAUUGAUUCAAUCCGCUAUGGUACGAAGACGUUCCUUUGCUCUGUUGUUUUGAUGGGGCGCAGCUCUUAGCCCGAGUGGUCCACGCCAAUGGGUGCUGGAACAAGAUAGGCUGGUCCUGAGAGAGAAUAUAGC